AUGGCCUCCAAGGAAAAAAAUAAUAAUAAUUUUAAUCAACCAUUGGAUUAUGAUUUGCAUAAAUUUGAAACACCAAAUGAACCUGAUGUUAUCGAAGAAGCUGAGACAGAAAAUUGCCAGUCACUUAUCAACGCCAUCAUAUGUGGAAACCUGGAAUUGGUUAGUCAUUUAUUUACCCAAUACGGUGAUUUUGACUUUCAAGAGCUAGAUGAGAAUGGAAACGGUUUAAUGCAUAUUGGCCAUAACGUGCCUUUGUACAACGUGAAUAAAGAUGGUGAAACACCUCUUCAUGUUGCUGCAAAAUCGGGAUUGACUUUAAUUGUUGAUUAUAUAGUCGGUUUGGAAUUAAAUCUGCUCUCUUUCGUUGAUAAGCAUGGUAAUACGGCUUUACAUCUGGCUAGUAUACAUAACCAAUCAAAUGUGGCCUUUUCACUUUGCAACGCUGGUGCACCUUUGGAAGUUCGGAAUAAAAAUCGUAAAACACCUCUGUUAUGUGCAGUAAUUGCUGGUUCAGAGAAUUGUGUACGGGUUCUUAUACGAGCUGGUGCAAGAGCAGAUGUUACUGAUGAGGGAGGUAAUACACCACUUCAUCUCGCUGCUAUACAAGGAGAUUAUCCUAUCGUCAAAUUACUUUCCAAAGCUGUUACAAAUGUUGAUAUUUACAACACAUUAGAAUUCACUCCUCUUCAUUUAGCUGCCAGACAUGGACAUCUUAGGACAGUUCGUUAUCUGAUACUCGCUGGUGCUGAUCCUGGUAUCACAAGUCGUAAUGGAAUAACACCAGACGUUAUGGCUUUUGCUCAAGGCUAUGCAAAAGUUGGAAUGUUGUUAACUAAAAUGAAACCGGAGAGGCGUAUAGCUUGGAUUGAACAGUUAAAAGAAGGUACACAUCGUUUACCCAGAAUUAAACUGAAACUUUUUGGUUCAAGUCUUGUUGGUAAAACUCAGCUGGUGCAUUCCCUUCAAACUGGGCCAAUUUCUGCCUACUUGAAGAAGAAACUGACUUCUGUAUCAGAAUUUGCUGGUUUGAGUGGAGAAGUUGGUCCAGUAUCCCAUUUAUAUCGUCAUUAUUAUCCAUACAUUUGGAAUAUAGACUCAGAACAUGAGAACUAUACUCAAGGAAUUAAUGUCCACAUUACAAACGAGUAUAGUCUAUGGGAUUUUUCUGGAUUUCAAUCUUAUUACUGUUUUUACGAUCAUUUCAUUGGCGACAUUAACUGUAUCCACUUGGUAUUGUUCAAUUUAAUGGAUUCAUUAGAAUGGAGACGUAAAAGUGUGCGAUUUUGGCUUGAUUUCUUGCAUGCACGAAUACCUAUCAUAGGCCCUCUAUUAUUUGGAGGCAGACCUACACAAAUGGCUCGUAUUAUUCUGAUUGGAACUCAUGCAGAUAUAGUGCAAUGUCAGAAAGAUCCAAAUGGACUUUACUAUGAUGAAGAAGCUUUGCAGUUUUUGAAGGAAAUUAUGUCAGAAUAUGAAGAUAAAUUAGAUAUCCAUGAAUUUAUCUACCUACUCGAUGCAAGAGAUGCUACGUCGCUAGAAUUGAAACAACUGAAGACAUACUUAACCGAUGUUCGAAAUAUUAUAGUACAGACACUACCAAGAACUAAUUCUUUAAUGUUGGAUUUAUCGAACAAACUACCAGAAUGGACAGUGAAUGAUCUAUUCCCAGUCUAUGAUUUGGAUCAGUUUGCAGAACGCGUUCAUGAGGAUAUUAAUCCGUUAUGUACCGAAGAACAUUUAUUUUCUCUUGUUGAACACUUGCAGUAUGCUGGAAAUAUUGUAUAUAUCGAAUCCUAUUCUAACAGUACCACAAACAGCAACGGGCUGGACGAUGUUGAUCGAGAAAACAGCAAAAGUAAUAAUUAUAACAAAAAAGAUAUGAUUGUACUCGACCCAAAUUGGUUAUGUAGUGAAAUGCUUGGUCUAUGUUUUUCUGAACGAUUCAUCCAUCGUACCCGUAUAACAGGUAGUUAUACUCUCGAAGAACUACAACUAUUUGUACGUGAAAAGAAUACUCAACAAAUGAUUAAACUACUUGAAUCAUUUGGUUUAUGUGUUUGUUGCAUUGUCAAAGAACAUCAUCCUGUUACUCGUGUAAAAUCUCGCGGCAAAAAGCAUUCAGCAGAUUGCUUUGAACUAUUUGAACAGAUCAACAGUAAUCCCCAUUCAACGCCAUAUUCAUCGAAUGUUGAAUACACAGAUCAAAAUGGUGGUAGUAGUAACCGUAACAAUGGUCACAGUGUUUAUAAGGUGAAUCAAGCCCACAGUAAUGACUUUAGUUUAAACACUACUCAAGUCCUAAAACCUAUUGUAUUUGAUAUUUCAAGGUUAAAUGAUACAUCGUUUAGAAACGAAGAUAUACAAAUUGAGAUACCACGUUUAAAUUUAGUCCCACUAUAUCAAGGUUUAUGGGAUAACAAUGAAGUUGAGAAUAAAAGAAUGCUUUAUUCUGGUGUACAAUUAAUAUCGUCACCCGGACAAUUUAUACACUUAAUGCCUCGCAUACAAGUUCACUUGAGACGAGAAAUAUCAGUGAACAGAAAGAAAUACACCCAAAUGAAGAUAUCAAAUGAUUUUCCGAAAUUAAGUAUUAAAGAUCAAAACAAUUUUUACGCCACUUCAGAGGUGUAUAUGAAUUUGUUAGACCUUCAUUCUAAUAGUAUCACUAAUAAACGCAGAACAUGUCAUUCACGUUCAUGGAAUUUAGUACAGUGGCUUCAUGGUUCAAAAAUCACGGAUUCUAAAGGGGAAAUUCAAGUUUUUAUAUGUAUUGACGAAAGUAAACAGGUACUUGAAAUUCGUUCUAGGUGUCUACCGCAACACACACACUUAACAUUCGGUCUUCUUCACGAAACUAUACAUUUAAUUAGACAAGUCACUUCGAGAUGUUGUCCAAACCUGAACCUUGAGCUAAGGCUGAUUAAUUCAGACGACCUGACUAGCCAUCGAAUAACUCCAAAAGUAUGGGAUCCCAGACAACUAGUUCAAACAUUUAUAUUAGUGAUAGCUCAAAACUCUCAUAUUAAUAAUAAUUCAUUGUGUAGUAUCGAUCUUCAGAAACCAAGAACAUCCCAACAACAAGAACUUCAGAAGUACGGGCCGUCAAAAUUUCUUCACGAAGCCACUGAUGAUGGCCUCAGUGGUGAUGAAGACGACGAAGAAAAGAAUGAUAAUGAAGGAGAAACCAGUGAGAGCAGCGGUAUAAGGAUGACAGACAGAAAAUCUCUUCAUUCAGUAAAAUUACAAAACCAGUUAAUUAAAGACUUGUUUUUCAACGAUGAGCAUUUGGCACAAGAAGUAUCAAACCACCUAUUGAAUGUACCAUCUUACCCGUUACCUAUGAGUAUUCUGCAGAAGUUAGCCAAACAUAUUGAUGUCACGGAACGUGACCCAUGUAGAUUUAACUCACUUAUACAAUAUCUGUGCUAUCCAGAUUUAAAAAACUUAAUCAUUCAAUGGAAUCAAGGUAUAUGCUUAUGGGGUACAUUAAGCCCGACAACAACUUUACUGAAUUUCGCUGGUAAAUACCCAAUACGUAUACUAGAAUGGGCUUUAUUGUCGAGUUAUGGACUAGAUGUUAUCCAGUUGUUAUACACCUCUCAUAUUUUGUUGAAUUUCAGUCAAGUUGUAUUUAAACAGGAAACAGUGGAACCGCCUAACAGUAAUGACAAUGACUGCAGAAAAAACCCCAAGUCAGAUCAAAUGAUAAAAUAUAUCCGUUCAUCGUCUACUCCACGUGACAGUCAAUUGUAA